CUCUAUCAAUGAUCAAUCAGGCUCUUUUCAGGUCGUUGUUUGUUUAUGUUUAGUUAACUUACGCUUUCGCCAAUCGCCUUGUUUAGUUUUAAUUAUCUUACCUCGGUUCGGUAAUUUAAAUUUUAGCUACAUAGGUAAUUUUAGCUGGGCCCGUAAAUUUGCAGUAACAACUAAAAUUCUCAAAAACUCUGAAAAGAACCAUUUUAACGCUACUUUACAUAGGUGGUCUCAAGUUGCAUUAGGCCUACCUGUUGAUCAAGAGUUCUCAGUGUUGCAUCAUAUGUUGAUUAGGCCUACCUAAAACAGGUUGAAAAUACAAUAGAAGAAUAAGGGAAAAACAAGAGAAAAAGGAAAAUCCCUCAAGUAUAUUGUUAAAUACCUAAUGUGCAUUGCAAGAUUUGACUAUGAGGUGAUUCAAUGUUGAGUUCGAGAGAGGUAGCCUAUCAUGUAACUACUAGCCACUUAACAAGGCUCAAACAAGGCAACAAACAAGGUUUCUAGUUAAAUACAAACAAAACCCUCUGAUUUGUUGGGUUUCUAAAUAGUUACUAGCUUAUGUGACAAGUUUCAAAGGGAUAAAAUUGCAAAAGUAACAAUGUUAACUUGCUCUAAAGAUGUUCUUCUCAAGUGUCCAAUAUGUAAGCAAACUAGAUCAACUCUAUCCGUGAUGAAGCUACAUAUAUUAUAUCACACAGGAGAGCGUCCCUUUAAAUGUUUGACAUGUGGAAAAGCCUUUUUCCAACAACACCAUGUAAAAAGACAUGUGUUGAUACAUCUUGGGGAGUGUCAUUAUGAGUGCACUAAAUGUGAAAAAUCGUUUUCAUCCAAAUGCGAUAUGAAGACACAUACAUUAGUUCAUACAGGAGCGAGACCUUACAAAUGCUCCACAUGUGGAAAGUCCUUUACUACUAACUCCUGUUUGAAGAGGCAUACAUUAGUUCAUACAGGAGAGAGACCUUACAAGUGCACUUCAUGUGGGAAAUCUUUUAAAACCAAAAGCGAUAUGAAGACACAUUCAUUGAUUCACACGGGAGAGAGACAUUACAAGUGCUCUACAUGUGAAAAAUCCUUUAAAACCAAAGGCGAUAUGAAGAAACAUUUAUUGGUUCAUACAGGAGAGAGACAUUACAAGUGCUCUACAUGUGGAAAAUCCUUUAAAACCAAAAGCGAAAUGGAGAGACAUUCAUUGGUUCAUACAGGAGAGAGACCUUACAAGUGCUCUACAUGUAGUAAAUCCUUUAAAACCAAAAGCGAUAUGAAGACACAUUCAUUGAUUCACACGGGAGAGAGACAUUACAAGUGCUCUACAUGUGAAAAAUCCUUUAAAACCAAAAGCGAUAUGAAGAAACAUUUAUUGGUUCAUACAGGAGAGAGACAUUACAAGUGCUCUACAUGUGGAAAAUCCUUUAAAACCAAAAGCGAUAUGGAGAGACAUUCAUUGGUUCAUACAGGAGAGAGACCUUACAAGUGCACUUCAUGUGAAAAAUCCUUUACAUCUAUAGGCGAUAUGAAAACACAUACAUUGGUUCAUACAGGAGAGAGACCUUACAAGUGCUCUACAUGUCAAAUAUCCUUUACACAAAAAAGCGCUAUGAAGAGACAUUCAUUGGUUCAUACAGGAGAGAGACCUCAUAAGUGCUCUACAUGUGAAAAAUCCUUUACGCACAAAAGCGAUAUGAAGACACAUUUAUUGGUUCAUACAGGAAAGAGACCUCACAAGUGCUCUACAUGUAAAAUUUCCUUUACACACAAAAGCGCUAUGAAGAGACAUUUAUUGGUUCAUACAGGAGAGAGACCUUACACGUGCUCUACAUGUGGAAAAUCCUAUAAAACCAAAAGCGCUAUGAAGAUACAUUUAUUGGUUCAUACGGGAGAGAGACCUUAUAAUUGUGUAACAUAAUAUGUGGAUGGCCCCUUAAUGACUGAAAAUAUUAGUGUCUUUUUUCAUAGAUUGUACGCCUAAUUUUGUUUUCUAUAUCUUAAUAAAUUAUUAG